UUUUAUUUGAUUUAUGCUUCAGGUUGCCUGGGGACCUUUAGAUUAUUUAAUAAUAGAUAUGCCACCUGGAACUGGUGAUACACAGCUUUCAAUAUCUCAGAAUAUUCCAAUAUCAGGUGUCAUAAUUGUUACUACACCUCAGGAUAUAGCUUUGCUUGAUGCUCGAAGAGGAACAGAAAUGUUCAGAAAAGUUGAAGUACCUGUUCUUGGAAUUGUACAGAAUAUGAGUUUAUUUCUAUGUCCAAAAUGUGGUCAUGCUACUUACAUAUUUGGAAAAGAAGGUACAAAGAAAUUAGCUGAAGAACUGAAACUGGAAAUAUUAGGUGAUAUUCCAUUAGACAUAACUAUUAGAGAAACAUCAGAUUUGGGUCAUCCAAUUGUUGUAAGCAAGCCAGAUAAUAUUCAGAAAUUUACGUCAUCUAACUUGAUGCCAUAAUAUUCGCGGAUGAAAUCAAACGAAAAUCCAGACAGAAGGUUUAAAUGUGAGAAAAAUGGCCACUACAUAUUCUUUAUAUCUUAUGAACAUAUGGUUACAAUUUAUAAGUCUUACAAGAUAGGCAAAUCAUUUGAGAGACUGAAUAAGAAGCUCGCCGAAUAAAACGCCAUGCUAGGAAAGAAAUGGUCGAAGAUCAUGCUGUAAAAUUCGACUCAUUAAAGACAUUUUGAAUAUUCAUGUAUCGAGUUGAUCAAUUCGGCUACAAAAUUAUAAAAAAAGAUCGAUUUCCACUCACCAUAAGGCAAAACGAUUGCAAAUUUACUAAAUACCUUAGUAUCAUUUGGAAUAAGCCAACAAUUUCCAGAAUAUUAUUGUUAGUGAUGAAAAACGGUUUUUGUCUUAUAGACCAGAUAAUAUGAAGUCAUACUUCGAACAGAGUGAGAAAUGUUGUCCUUGUAGUGAGACCUUGUAGGAAAAGGCAUGGCAGCGAUUUCCGCCAUAAUUCUGUGCACUAUCAACAGUGAAGGAAAAUUAAUUAAAGACUAAUUUUUUUACCAUUUAGUAACAAUAAGUGGAUAUGGCAACGAGACAACGCUGCUGUUCGUAUACACAAGACCUAUUACGCAUCAUUUUAAAGAGAAAAAAUGUUAAUGUCAUCUAAAAUUUAUGCCAACAAUCAGUAUGGCAAGCUUGAUGACCUAAAGAAAUCUAUUAAAUAAUUAUCAACACAUCCAAAACGAUUACUUUAUUUUCUAUUUUUAAAAAGGUGAGACUACAGAUUAAUUAAUGUAUAAAAUUUGUAAAUAAUUCCAUUUUUUGAUAUAUUCAAUAAUACUGUAAGUCGUAACGAAAACUUUUGGCCAUUUAAUUACUAAGUUUUCUAAUAAAGUAUUUUUGAAAAUAUAUAGGAAAAAAUUCAACUUAAAAUCUUUUUGGCUACCAGUGUAUGGCUUAAACUGUUUUAAUUAUUCACGGAAAUAUUUUCCUUCGUGCGUGAAGACUAUUGAGCAUCAGCUCCGUUCUUAGGCUGUAGCAAUUGUUAUUUGAAAUCUGUUACGUUUAAAAAUUGUUUCCGUGAUUGGCAAAUUUGCCGAAAAAAUUGGACUUUUAAUCCCCAAUUUUCUGUAGAAUUUGAGAGUUAAAAUUACCUAAAAUUUUACCAGGUGAUUUUUAGAGAGUUAUAGAAUAA